AUUUUAAGAUUUUAUAUGAUAUUUAUAGAUUUUUUUAUUUUAUAAUAAUAAAAUUUAAUAUUAAUUCAAUAUUUUAUGAUAAUUAUAAAUAUGACUGCAAAAAUAUAUCAACCAGAUCAAGAAUUGGAGACAAAAGUUAAAAAAGCGACUGAACGUAUAUCUGAAAAUAUGCAUAUAGUUGCAAAUGAACCAUCUCUUGCAUUUUAUAGAUUACAAGAACAUGUAAGAAAAGCAUUACCUCCAAUGGUGGAAAAGAGAGUUGAAGUACUUGCUCUUCAACAGCAACUCUUAGGUAGAUGUUAUGAUGUAGAAUAUGCUGUAAGUGCUAUUAAAACAAUGUAUGGUGCUGAAAAGAGUUUUGAAAAUACUUUAGAAUUUAUAAAAAAUGCUAUAUUUCUUAAACAACAAUUAAAGUACGAAGAACAACGUAGACACAAGAAAGAUAGUAAUAGAGAUUCUGUAUAUAAAAGACUUUCUGCACAUAUUCCUACUUUAGAUCAUUUACCAGAUGAAAUUUCUGAUGUUGUAAGAGAAACUGCUAAUAGAGUAGAAUCUAUGAUGAAUCAUGCCAGAUAUUCUACUGAUGGUCAAAAAACAAAUUAAACUAAUGUUAAUGUUAAUGUUUAAUUCAUUAAAAUUUUAUUAAAUUAUUAAA